AUGGUCAAAGCCGUUGCUGUCGUCCGUGGUGACUCCAAGGUCACUGGAACCGUCACCUUCGAGCAGGCCUCCGAGUCUGCCCCUACCACCAUCUCAUGGGACGUUACCGGCCACGACCCCAACGCCAAGCGUGGCUUCCACAUCCACACCUUCGGUGACAACACCAACGGUUGCACAUCGGCGGGCCCUCACUUCAACCCCCACAACAAGACUCACGGCGACCGAACCGACGACACUCGUCACGUUGGUGACCUAGGCAACGUUGUGACUGACGCUCAAGGUAACGCCAAGGGCUCUAUUGAGGACUCGCUUGUUAAGCUGAUCGGCCCCGAGAGCAUUAUUGGCCGAACUGUCGUGUUCCACGGUGGUACUGAUGACCUCGGCAAGGGAGGUAACGAGGAGUCCCUUAAGACUGGUAACGCUGGUCCUCGACCUGCUUGCGGUGUCAUUGGUAUCUCAAACUAA